AUGGGAUCCCUCCCCGAAAAAGCCCCAGUCCGCCCCGCAGUCAGCGUGAGCAAUCCGUUCCGCAGCCGCAUCGUGGCAGGGCAGGUCAGCGCCGUCAUGUCGGUCAAGUUCCUGGUCAGCAACGAAGUCGCCAUGAUGUGCCGGCAGGCGGGCAUCAGCGGCAUGUUCAUCGACAUGGAGCACUCGACGCUCGACCUGCACGCCGUCGCGCAGCUCAUCCUGGCCUGCAACUACGCCGGCGUCUCGCCCAUCGUGCGCGUGCCCUCCAAGUCGCACUGGCACCUCAGCCGCGUGCUCGACGCCGGCGCCGCCGCCGUCGUCGUGCCGCACGUCGAGAGCGUCGCGGAAGUGCGCGAGCUCGUGCGUGCGGCCAAGUACGCCCCGCUCGGCCAGCGCGGCUGCGCGAAUAACCAGCCCCUCCUCAACUUCCAGCACGUCCCGACACGCGUCCAGAACGAGCUGCUCAAUGCCGAGACGAUGCUGCUGCCUAUGAUCGAGACGCCUGCCGCCGUGGAUCUCGUUGAUGAGUUCCUUGCCGUUGAGGGGGUGGACGGCAUCCUGAUCGGCUCGAAUGAUCUGUGCACCGAUAUGGGCAUACCGGGGCAGUACGACAAUCCGGCGUACCAGGAUGCCGUUACCAAGAUCGUGCUGGCGGGGAAGAAGGCGGGGAAGCCGAUUGGCAUCGGCGGCAUCGGGGGGAGGCAGGAUCUGCUGGAACGGUGGUUCGCCAUGGGCGCGACGUGGUCGCUGAGCGCUGGUGAUGGGGCGAUUCUGCAGGCGGGGAUGAAGAAGGUUGCGGGCGAAUACGAUGCUAUCAAUGAGCGUGUGCAGAAAGUGAGAGGAGAAGGGAAGUUGGUUGUGUAG